UUCCUCAGCAGCCUUUCUGCAGGCUGGCGGAUUUGAUCACGGUCGGAAAUUGUGAAACUGUGGUUUGUUUCAGCAAGAGAAGAGAGUUUAAAUACAGCUUCAGCAGCAGAUGGCUCUGCUUUGGAAUCUUUUAUACACAAAGGAGAUGUGUUUGCUGGCUUUGUAAUCAACUCAAAAAGGGAAAAGAAAUUUUGGUAACGACAGAGUGGAUACAACUCGAAUUUUUCAUCAGGGCUCACAAAGCUAUGGCAGUUAUUACUAGGGACGACAACUGACCUUGCAGCAAGUUUUCCAAUAAUUCCUACCUCAACAAGAAAUUAUGGUUGGAAACAAAGUCCUUUUCUGGUUAGAAAGCUGAACUCGUCAGUGCAGUAAGUAAUUACAUCAGAUUUGCUUUAAACUUCAAGGACACCAAAUACAAAGAUUUCAUCUUUGUUUUUAAAGAUUUAAUUGCCGCCUUGUGAAGCUCCAAGAAAAACAUCUUCUAAGUAUCAAGGGGAUGGACAUAUUCACAGAUGCAAAACCUUCCUAGCUAGGUGUUACCCACAGUCUGGGAAAUGCUUCACAAUGGAUGAAGCCAUUGGGCAUCCUUCAGAGAUUUUACCUAAUCAAACUAUGCCAAACAGCAGUUAUUCUCACUUUUUGAACUUUGAUACAUGUCAGCCUUCCUUCCCUGCAGUAUUCUUGCUUAUUACAGCCUACAUAUUAGUUACAACGGUGGGGCUUUUUGGAAACCUUUGCCUGAUUGUUAUAAUAAAGAGACAGAAAGAAGCUCAAAAUGUUACAAACAUUCUGAUUGCCAACCUCUCCUUAUCGGAUGUGUUGAUCUGUAUCAUGUGUAUUCCUGUCACAGCUGCAUACACUUUGAUGGAUUACUGGAUAUUUGGGGAAGCUAUGUGUAAAAUAAGCUCUUUCAUACAAAGUUUAUCUGUCACAGUCUCCAUUUUCUCACUUGUACUGAUUGCUAUCGAGCGAUACCAGUUAAUUGUAAAUCCUCGUGGCUGGAAGCCUAAUACCUCACAUGCUUACUGGGGAAUUAUUUUCAUUUGGGUUUUUUCACUCAUGAUAUCCAUCCCUUUUUUAAUAUUUCACCAACUAACUGAUGAACCCUUCAAGCACCUGUCCUUCCACAGCGACUUCUACAAGAACAAAGUGGCGUGCAUCGAGGCCUGGCCUUCCAUUACAGAACGGCUGAUUUUCACCACCAGUCUGCUGCUUCUCCAGUACUGCUUCCCCCUGGGGUUUAUUCUCAUCUGCUAUCUCAAGAUAUUUGUAUGCCUCCGGCGGAGACACAAUAAAAUAGAUAGGAUGAGAGAGAACGAGAGCAGGUUGAGUGAAAACAAAAGGAUUAAUCUGAUGCUGAUAUCAAUUGUUGUGACCUUUGCAGCUUGCUGGUUGCCUCUCAAUAUAUUCAAUGUUGUUUUUGACUGGAACCACGAGGCACUGAUGAGCUGUAAUCAUAACCUAGCAUUUACACUGUGCCACCUCGUGGCCAUGAUCUCAACAUGUAUCAAUCCCAUCUUUUAUGGAUUUCUCAACAAGAAUUUUCAGAAGGAUUUGAUAGGGCUUGUUUAUCACUGCAGGUGUUCAGCAUCACCACAGGAGUAUGAAAACAUCGCCCUUUCAAAUCUGCAAACUGAUGUGUCCAAGGGAUCUCUGAAAUUAAAUAACCACCCUCCUGAGAAUGCCCAAAAUAACCCAGAAGCAUCUUCUAAAAUUUUGUAUCUUGCUGCAGAUGACCUUCUGUAG